GAACGCGGGUUGAGGCGGGAGGGCUGCGCCGAGCAGGUGAAUGGGCUGCCAGCGCUAAUCUUAAGUCGCCGAGCCUUGGUUGUGAAUGGGUGUGUGUGUGUGUGUGUGUGAUAUGCAUCUCGCAUCCCCUAUUGCCUUGUUAACAAGCGUUCUAACAAUAAAAGUCGUUAAACAAUUUGCCCUGCAGGACGGGGUAAAACAGCAGGGGGUGGGCGAGGAGAUGUUUGUCUAACCGUACUCGCAAAUCGUGACCUCUCCUAUCUGGUCAGGGGUGACAGCAGAGCAUAAUCGGUGAGCUGGAAAUCCUCGCACGAGGAUAACCUUCCUCCGGUGUCUGAGGGCUGUGCUCUAAGUUUGAUACCCUGAAUUUCGUGUGCUGGUGGGUUUGCAGUUGGGAGCGCAGUUUCUCUUUGCUUCUCCUUCUGAGAACUUGGUCCUAUAUGGUCAUUUUAGUACAUCAGUGGAAAAAAAUGUCAUAAUUGCUUUUCUUUUUAAAUCGAAUUUAGCUGUUUAACUCAGUGAUGUUAUUCAUAGCUGUCAAGCUGCCAGCAAAAUAUCUCCUUGUAGGCUAGGAAGCUUUUUUUUGUGAGGUGGUAUUGGAGCAAAGCUGAAACCUCAGAAUGUUCCGCAGAAUUGAAAAAAGCAAACCAGAACUUGCAGUGUUAUGUAGAUGUCAUGGCAUGAGAAGAAAGAAGACCACCUUUCUACUCAUCCCUCAGAAAGCACUUAUUUUUUCAGCUGUUGUUUAUGUUCAUCUGAAUCCUCCUUAGGAUGCAGUCGUUUCAAACAGCUUCGCUUUGAAGAAGCGGUGCAGUUGGGGGGUGGGGAGGAAGAGCCUUGCAGCUUGAAAAUGCAAACCAAAUUACACUUCAGCAGGAAAGGAAGGAGAACUUCUAAACAAGUAAUUGCUGAAAUAGUUGGGCAAAUAGCUUGCUGUUAGGCUGUGCUGUUUUUAGAAACCUCGCUGUCAGCAGCAGCACAGUAUUUGCAGCAUGGCCAUGCUGCUUUAUGGUGUAUUGUCAGCCAGUUUAUAGCAGGCUCAGUAUUAGCACUAUGGUAACCUUUUUCUUUUAAAGUGAACGCUGUCCUUUGUGUAAUCUGGACUUGUUGAGAUUUAUGCACCUUGUUUUGAACAUUGCCAAUCACCUUAUUUCGGGAGGAGCACCCUGAUUGUGAAGUUGUUUCUUGCAGCUUGAGGUCAGGUGUGUUGCUCCUUUAUUCCCUACCAUUUGUACUGCCAGCCCACUCUGUGUCACAGGAAGAAAGGGCCUGUGGAUCUGCCCUGUUCUGCCCAAAAUGAGCAGGUAAAGGUGACCCAGGCAGCGUCAGGCUUGGUGAAGAAGGAGAGUGUUCUAUCUCUAAUGAAAGCCUUUUCUUUGGAAUUAGGCAGCUAUCCCGUGUUUACGUACCUUUGGUGUGCUUGAAAUCCUAACAGCACUCAGCGCUGCUUUUUGCCAUACAGAAGAAGCACGUAGCCUUAGCGCUCAAAAAUCCCCAGGAAAGCUAGCAGGUCUGCACAGGGUCACAUUUAUUUAUUUUUCUUGUCAGCUGGAGAAAGCAAGGCAGAGCAGUUAACCUGUGAUCCCACAGAGAGGCUUUGGAGCGGUCCGUGUCGAGCAGUGCCGCGGUUACCCGGUGUGUUGGUGCCCCAGGACUGCAAAGCUGACAGGCUCUCCGGCUGAAUGUGAUGUCAGGUUUGCUCCUUGCUGCCGUGGUUGAGAUCGACUGCUUGAUGAACUGCAGCUGAAACACUGAACGGCUCACACUUAUGUCCCUGGAGAUGGAGCCCAAAGCUAACAAUCUUGUCUUUGCGUGUCAGCGAAGCUCAACAUCAGAUGACGACUCUGGCUGUGCCCUGGAAGAAUAUGCCUGGGUCCCACCAGGCCUCAGACCAGAGCAGGUACAGCUGUAUUUUGCCUGCCUGCCAGAGGAGAAGGUCCCUUAUGUUAACAGCCCCGGAGAGAAGCACAGGAUUAAACAACUUCUCUAUCAGCUGCCACCCCACGAUAAUGAGGUGAGAUACUGCCAGUCUUUAAGCGAAGAAGAAAAGAAAGAACUGCAGAUGUUCAGUUCUCAGCGCAAAAAAGAGGCACUGGGACGAGGCACUAUUAAACUCCUCUCGAGAGCAGUGAUGCAUGCAGUCUGUGAACAGUGUGGUACAAAAAUAAAUGGCGGUGAAGUUGCAGUUUUUGCCUCGAGAGCUGGCCCUGGUGUGUGCUGGCAUCCAUCAUGCUUUGUGUGCUUCACGUGUAAUGAGCUCCUCGUUGACCUCAUCUACUUCUACCAAGAUGGAAAAAUUCACUGUGGCAGACACCAUGCUGAACUACUUAAGCCUCGAUGCUCAGCCUGUGAUGAGAUAAUUUUUGCUGAUGAGUGUACAGAAGCUGAAGGCCGCCACUGGCACAUGAAACACUUCUGUUGCCUCGAGUGUGAAACAAUCCUGGGUGGGCAGAGAUACAUCAUGAAGGAUGGGCGCCCAUUCUGCUGUAGCUGUUUCGAAUCUCUUUAUGCAGAAUACUGUGAGACCUGUGGGGAGCACAUUGGUGUUGACCAUGCUCAGAUGACCUAUGAUGGACAGCACUGGCACGCUACAGAGACUUGCUUUUCUUGUGCUCAGUGCAAGACCUCUUUGCUUGGCUGCCCUUUCCUUCCAAAGCAAGGGCAGAUCUACUGUUCAAAAACCUGCAGCUUGGGUGAAGAUGUUCAUGCCUCCGAUUCCUCUGAUUCAGCAUUCCAGUCUGCUCGAUCGAGAGAUUCCAGGAGGAGCAUUCGCAUGGGAAAAAGCAGCCGCUCGGCUGACCAGUGCCGCCAGUCUCUCCUCCUGUCCCCAGCCCUCAAUUAUAAAUUUCCUGGUCUUUCAGGCAAUGCUGACGAUACGCUUUCUCGUAAGCUGGAUGAUUUAAGCCUUUCAAGGCAAGAGGCAAGCUUUGUUAACGAAGACUUCUGGAAAGGAAGGGUAGAGCAAGAAAUGCCUGAAGACCCUGAAGAAUGGGCUGAACAUGAAGACUACAUGACUCAACUUCUUCUGAAGUUUGGUGACAAAAGCCUUUUCCAGCAACCUGCUGAAGUAGAGAUUAGAUCAAGUGAACACUGGAUUUCUGAUAGCAUGGUCAAGAGCAAGUUGGACUUGAAAAAAAAUAACCCAAGCCUAGCAAGUAAGAAAUAUCAAUCAGACAUGUACUGGGCCCAGUCGCAAGAUGGUUUGGGUGACUCUGCGUAUGGCAGCCAUCCAGGCCCUGCCAGCAGCAGGAAAAUCCAGGAGCUGGAGUUGGAACAUGGGGCAUCAGGAUACAAACAUGACCAGACACCGUGGUAUGGAGGUUCGCUUGAAUGUUUGUCUGAUCUGAAGCAGCAAGAACAAAGCGUUCGGGACUCGAUGGAUUCUUUGGCUUUGUCUAACAUAACAGGGGCGUCAAUGGAUGGAGAAGGCAAGCCACGGCCAUCUCUCUAUUCUUUGCAAACUUUCCAAGAAUUGGAGGUAGAGGACUGCGAGAAGAUGAGCAACAUGGGAACUCUGAACUCUUCAAUGCUCCAUCGGAGCACAGAGUCUUUGAAGAGUCUGAGCUCAGAGCUGUGCCAGGAAAAAGCAUUACCGGAGGAAAAGCCAGCGCAUGUGCCUGUACUGAGAAGAUCUAAAUCCCAGUCUAGACCACAGCAAGUCAAGUUUUCAGAUGAUGUUAUUGAUAAUGGAAGUUACGAGAACGUUGAAAUUCGACAACCUCCAAUGAGUGAACGGACUCGUAGGCGCGUUUAUCAUUUUGAAGAACGUGGAAAUCGACCUUCUCAUCAUCGCAGAAGAAGUAGGAAAUCUCGUUCAGACAAUGCACUUAAUUUGGCCACAGAAAGAAGAUACUCUCCAAAAGAGAGGUUUCGUUAUUACUCGCCUCAGGAUCACGACAAAUUUAUUCAAAAUAAAAGCUCACGUGAGUUUCGGGCCUAUAUUCAAAAUGCAGAGCUGUACGGCCAGUAUGCCCAUACUAGUUCUGAUUAUGCACUGAGGAAUCAGGCGGUUGAUAAAUUUUUUGGAUUAUAUGGUGAGGAAGAUGACUCCUGGUGCUCAACUUCAUCCUCGUCGUCAGAUUCUGAAGAGGAAGGGUAUUUCCUAGGACAGCCAAUUCCGCAGCCACGGUCACUGAGAUACCCGUACUACACAGAUGACCUUUCUGGUCCAACUAAUGCGUUAUCUAGUUCUCAGUUUGGACAAAGGACAACCAAAUCAAAGAAGAAGAAGAGGGGACACAAAGGGAAAAAUUGCAUCAUUUCUUAACUUGUUUUAACAGUUGGGAAGACCAGUCAACUCUAGCUACAGUUUGAACCACAUCUUUUUAUAUUAAUAAUUGUACUUAGGCAAGUUGCUAAGGUUCUUAAUGCUUUGCCAGUUUAACUGAUAACCCAUUCAGUUUACGUUGUGAAAGUAAAGUAACAUUGGGAAAUGUCACAAUGCCAAACGAUGAUCUGUUCAGAUUUCGCUAAGUUUACAUACUGUGUUUCAGCUGUCAAAAUAUUGUUGCUGCGUUCUUGAUACAGACUUCUGUAGACUUUACUUUACGCUCUCUAUUCACCCACAUUCAGUUACCUGAGAGAGAGGAUUCGGUGAAGAUCAAUAAAUAAAACUGUCAGUCCUGUACUGUAGCUGUACAUACCCGUACGUAGUGAUACUCAACUUCUCUCCAUCAAACAGAGGGCUACAGACAGCGCCCUCUCCUCAUCGAUAGAACUCAUUCUUCCUCUUUGAUGUUUCCCUACAAAAACUGGAAUUAUUAUUAUUUUUUUUUUAACUGACUUAGGAAGAAGCUGCUUUUCCAUAGAUUCCCCCAUUAAGGUGUGAAAAAUCGGACUGUGGGAGCUGAAAUGCUUGAGGCCUUGAUGCAUCCUAAAGCAGCAGUAAAUGGUUUACAUGUUUAACUUCUAUGUUUUUCCUUCCAGUUUUUGUUGUUUUUUAAAAUAACUCCAUCCUGUGUUGGUUUGUUUUUUUUUUUUGUGCCUGUUAAAAGGAAGAUAUUAAUUCAGCUGUUGGAAUUGGACUUGACUGCCAGUGAGCAGUGAUGGCUUUUAUGUCAUUUCCUCCGCAACAAAGCACUGAAAGAGAAAGGUACAAAUGGUGGGAUCCUUUGCUCAGGCACAUAACCCCAUUUAAGUCAAUGAAUCUACUUACAUAACAAACAGUUUCAUAAGGGCUUAAAGGAUUAGGCUCCAAAAUUCUGUCUUUUCAAAUGUAUUAUCCAGGUUUUAAAACGUAUUAGUUGCAAUUCUAAAUCAAAAAAAAUUGCUAUUUAUGACGUAGUAUUUCAUAGGCUUAAAUGUAUUCAUAAUUUAACAGUGCAAAUACGAAUGUACAUAUUGUACAGUUAAGAUUUUUAAAAGCUGAAUAUUUUUAUAUCCCUGAAUUUGAAGAAGUUUGUUACGAUAUCGAACUAGAUUUGUUAGGGGUUUAACAGCAGCAUUAUGGAUGAAAUAGUGCUUGUAUUUUAGUCAGGGAGUUUAAAAAUAUUGAAAAAUGUUUAGUGCAAAACAGCUUAAUUUUGUCUACUAGGUAUUGAAAGCUCUGUAUGCAUGGUGGGGCUCUGUAAAUACUCUCCAAACUAUGGCCCUCUUAAUCUUGCAAGUGUUAUUUAUGGGUCAAGCAAAAUGUAAACUAUAUAAAUGUAAAAACCACACAAGCCUGGAAUAUAUCAGUACAACAAAUACCCAA